AUAUUUUGUCUUCAUCCUUGUUAUAGGUGGUGGAUCAUGGGAUAUCAGUUGAGCUGUUGGACACAGUGGAGAAGUUGACAAAAGGCCACUACAAGAAGAGUAUGGAGGAAAGGUUCAAGGAAAUGGUGGCCUCAAGGGGACUUGAUGCUGUUCAGAAUGAGAUCAAUGAUCUUGACUGGGAGUCAACCUUCUUCUUGAAACAUCUCCCUUCCUCCAACAUCUCCCAAGUCCCAGACCUUGAAGAUGAUUACAGGAGGGUAAUGAAGGAAUUCGCAGACGAGCUGGAGAAGCUGGCUGAGAAACUGCUGGAUUUGCUGUGUGAGAAUCUGGGGCUGGAGAAAGGGUACCUGAAGAAGGCCUUCUAUGGGUCAAAGGGUCCUAACUUUGGCACCAAGGUCAGCAGCUACCCUCCAUGCCCCAACCCAGACCUCAUCAAGGGCCUCCGGGCCCACACCGAUGCCGGAGGCAUCAUCCUCCUCUUCCAGGACGACAAAGUCAGCGGCCUCCAGCUCCUCAAGGACGACCAGUGGAUCGACGUUCCCCCCAUGCACCACUCCAUUGUCAUUAACCUUGGUGACCAGAUCGAGGUGAUCACAAAUGGGAAGUACAAGAGCGUGAUGCACAGAGUGAUAGCCCAAACGGAUGGGAACAGGAUGUCGAUCGCGUCGUUCUACAACCCAGGGGAUGACGCCGUGAUCUAUCCGGCGCCGGCGCUGGUGGAAAAGGAAGCAGAGGAGAACAAGGGGAAGUAUCCCAAGUUCGUGUUCGAUGAGUACAUGAAGCUCUAUGCUGGGCUCAAGUUCCAGGCCAAGGAGCCCAGGUUCGAAGCCAUGAAGGCCCUUCAGAGCUCUGUUUGAUGCUAGGCAUUUAGUAGCUAUAUAUGGGUGCUGAGAAGAUUUUCGAAGAAUAAUAAGAACUAUCAUGA